AUGCAGAAGAUUGGCCUGAGUAUCACAUUUUUGACAGGUUGCAUUGGCACCGUAACAGGAAUAGUCCGCCUAAUCUACUUCUUCAAAAUCAACAUGUUCGAAGACGUGACCUGGGACGCCGUAGAAACCAUGUCCUGGACGCUCAUCGAGCCGGGCGUCUACAUGAUCGCCGCCACCCUCCCCUCGCUCCGUCCACUACUCAAAUGGGCCCUCAAAGAUACGAAGAUCAGUGCUCUGGCCACCAGCUUGCUUGAUAGAGCUAGUCGGGUGCUCUCGUCGAAUAGGAGUGCGAAGGGCACGGUGGCUGAUGAGAAGGCGUUCCAUCCUCCGCAUCCGGAGAUCAAUACUAAGACGACGAUUACGGCGAAGAGUGUGCCGAAGAAUGCGAAGAUGAUGGGGUUGGAGAGUGAUUCUGAUACUAGUAGUGCGGAUAUGGUUUGA